CCAAUUUUCAUUACCCCGUAACUGUUGGGCUUUGGUUUUUUACAAGAAAUUGCUGACUGCUCAAACACAACAAACACAUUCCUUUUGGGUUCUUUUCUCACACCUUAAAGAAAAAGAAAAGUCACUAUUUGAAGCAACAACAUAGUGGUUUCAAGCCUUUCCUCUCAUGGAAAAUCAACAACCCCACCUUCACCACCACCUCCAACAGCAGCUGCAUCGUCAAGCUAAUUCCAUGAAGUCAAGAUUCAGAAGUGUCUGUGUCUUUUGUGGCAGCAGCCCUGGCAAGAAUCCUAGCUACCAGCUUGCUGCUAUUCAGCUUGGCGAACAACUGGUUGAAAGGAACAUUGACUUGGUUUAUGGAGGAGGAAGCAUUGGAUUGAUGGGGCUGGUCUCGCAAACUGUCUUUGAUGGUGGUCGCCACGUGUUGGGAGUAAUUCCCAAGACUCUCAUGCCAAGAGAGAUUACAGGCGAGACAGUGGGAGAAGUAAGAGCUGUGUCUGGAAUGCACCAACGUAAAGCUGAAAUGGCUCGCCAAGCUGAUGCCUUUAUUGCCUUGCCAGGUUUGAAUAACUGUCAACCAACUUUUUUUUUUCUUUUUCUUUUACUAAUAAUUGAUCUGAUCAAAUUUCAACUCACAGGUGGUUAUGGAACCUUGGAAGAACUCCUGGAAGUGAUCGCUUGGGCUCAGUUAGGAAUCCAUGACAAACCAGUGGGAUUGUUGAACGUUGACGGGUACUACAACUCGCUCUUAUCGUUCAUUGACAAGGCUGUUGAUGAAGGUUUCAUAGCACCAGCUGCUCGUGACAUAAUUGUCUCUGCCCAAACUGCCCAAGAACUCAUGUGCAAGCUCGAGGAGUAUGAACCUAUACAUUCGGGGGUGGGCCCCAAGUUAAGCUGGGAAAUGGAGCAACAAUUGGGUUUCACAGCAAAAUCAGACAUUGCUCGUUGACCUCUUAUAACAUUUCAUUCACACUCGAUGGACAAUUUAUGACUAUAGA